CAGAUAGGACAUAUAUUUAUAUGACUUUUUUUCAUUAUUUUUAGGCGUACAAUCAAUACUCCCGAAGUGGGUCCCAUAAGUUACGAAAUAUACGCCCUGUAUAUAUACAUUGUCAUGUGGUUUGGCUCGUGUUCUGCGCGUUCUGAUAAACAGUCGAAAAUUUAUGAUAAUAACAAAAUAUCAUCGCCCGUCAUAUUGAGGUAUAAAUUUAGAAGAAAGGGUGCUUUGCGACAAUGGUCGUGUUCCAUCAAGUAGGAUACACAAGUCCCUCCAUUUGCGCGGAAUUUUCAUUUUCACAUUCAGAGACAUAGAUUUUCUUUUUCUUCGCGUUUGUUAAACGUUUGUUUCCGAGUUGAGAUUACAGUACAAAGUGUAAAUCUGGACAGUGUCGUAAAAACGUUGUGUUCACUUAUUGUGUUUUGAAUAACAUACCGCUGUUAAAACUGACAGACUAACGUCUGCAUGUUUAAAUUAAGUGUCGUCUUACCGAUGCUUUUCAUGCGUAUAAAAUAUAAAAAGCACCGCACAAGGGGAGAUUCGCGUAAAAUUUUUUUUAAAAACAGUGCCGCGUAAAAUGGAGGGACGGGCGUACAUCUUCUGGCCUCGUAAAUUGAAACCACGUACCGCAAAGCACCGCGUAAAUAGAAUUCUAAUUUAUCACGUAAGUGGAGGGGCGGUUGUACUUAGUUGUGUACGUAUUUUAGUCGGCAAAGUUACGUCGUUCGAUGAUCGACGAUUACGUCGUCGUACUUUGCUGUUUUCAGUAGCGCGUAGUAGCGACGAGGGCUGUCGAUCGUUACAGAUUUUCCCUCAGGAAAAGGCUCUCCCCUUUGGAAAUUUACAACUCGAUCAAAGUAGCAAAAUCAUCGAUCAGGACCGAUGUUUGCAACAUACGUACGUACGUACAUACAUACACACAUACACACAUACAUACAUACGUGUAUAACGUUAUACUAGGCUCGCAACCGCGCGACUAACGAUGACAAGCCGCGUAGGUGCGAGACCGCGAGCGACAUUUUCGAAAGAAGCGUAGAAAUUUUAGACACUACCAGAGUAACGGUAUGUAUUUUCUCAAUAAACUAUUAUCCUCUUAUUUGCGUAUUACGCGUACAAACCGGACGAAACGCGAGGGGGGAGGAUCUUCACUCGCCAAGAUCUGUCUUGGUGUGUUGGGUGUCUUUGUUUGUCGUUCGAUUCGCUCUAAAAUGAAAUCACGUGAAUCACGAAUAAAUUCCUAAAUCGAGGAGCAAGGAGAGUAACGAGGGAGCAAGGAUGGAGAAAGACGUAAGGGCGAGCGAAGAAGCGAAAGAGAAUGGAGGAGAAUGGAGGAGCGUGGAGGAGGUUGACAGAGGGAGACGUGGAGAGAGCGGACAGCUUGCAGGCACGAGACAAUGCACGGCAUUGGAGCGCGUCGGCCGCGUCAGCGAGCGGACACCUGCUCCUCGUGCUCUCCACCCCGAACCUUUUAUGGUUCAGGACAGGAUAUAAAACUGGUAGGGCGGCUGGUUGGUCGAGCCAGUAAGGUUUCGGUGGUCGAGCGAUUCGCUCGUUGGACGUUGGAUCCUCUCGCGAAGGGGGGAAACGAAAAGGUCCGAUCGUCGUCGUCGAUGCGAUCCGGAUAUCCGUGAUAUCCAACGAAACGGGAACGGGAACGGGAACGGAAACGGAAACGGAAGCGGCAGGAAUCAUCGAAGCGGUCGACCGAUAUCGGUUGAACGGUGGUUCUCGAGGCUGGGUUUCGCCGAACGAAAAAAAAAAAAAAGGAAAGGACGAGGAUGAGGAGGAGGAAAGGCUGUUGGCUGUUGCGCGUAACGUUGUUGCUGGUUGUCGGGAUCGUUCACGGCGACGAGAACGUUUCGGACGCGAUAAGGUCGCUACGGGAGCAGGUGGACGCUCUUCUCGAUCAUCGGCAGCAGGACUACAACGCUCUCGAGGCGAGCUUGAAGCGCGCGAUCGAGAAGAACACAGAGCUGUUUGUCCUAAAGAACGAGAUCAAACAGCUGAGAAAGGAAGUGACCUCGCUGCGCGGCGGUAACGGAAACGAGGCGAAGAACGAGAGGUUGCGCGUGAGAUGGCUGGGAAGCGCGGUCACCGAGCUGAAAGGGGAAAUCGCCGAAGUGCUGCGGACGAGGAACGCGAGCGAGGAGCUCGCCGAGAGGUCCAGGAUGAAAGGCGAGCUCGCCCUGUUGAAGGGGGACGUGGCUGCGGUUGGAAGAGGAAUUCGAAAUCUCGGCGGCAGAAUCGCCAAGAUCGAGGCGGUCCUCGGUACCAUUCGCGUCGACAUCGCCGCGGUGAAGGAACGCUUUAGCCUCCUGUUUCGCACCUGCGCCGACAUUGCCAGUCAGUUGAGCUCGAUCCAAAUCGAGGUAAAGUCUCUUCGGUGCGAGUCGUUCUCGACCAACCUGGUAAAUUCGCCGGUUCAACGUCCAACGAGGGCCGGUGAUGAUGAUGAUGAUGAUGAUGCAGAGGAAGAAGAAGAAGAAGAAGAGGGGGGAGCAGAAACAAAGGCAGGAGAGAGAGGCAAGGAGAAGGAAGCAGAGAGAAGGACGAGAACAGGGAGAGCCAACGAUCGUGAAGAGAACAGCGCUACAACAACAACAACAACAGUAACAAGAACGACAACGAGGGGUAGCAACGGCGAGCAGGGUACAGCCGUGGCCCUCUCACGCGACUCGCUGCCCUCUCGGCGCAGGUUUGCGAGGAAGCACACUCGAAGCGGAUACUCGAAGAGAAAGGAGGGGCAUCGGACGCGGCUGGAGGAUCGUUUGAAGAGCCUCGAGCGUAAAGUGUUUCUGGCAGCGCAGAGGCGGACGUCGUUGGAAAAGCGCGUGGCGAUGGCGGCGGCGGCGGCCGUGGCCGCGUGCGAGAGUCAGGAAUGGGCGGGCCUGGCCAAGCGAGUGAAAAGUUUGGAGAGGGCCGGCGUCGAGCUGGCCGGCAGGAUCUCGAACGUCACGGAGAGCGGAGUUUUCACGAGGGAGGUGAACGAGUCGCUGGGCCUGCGGCUCGUCGACUCGUUGCGAUCGCUGGAGAACGCCAUGGAGGCGAACAACUCGUUGACGAGGCGAGAGUUGACGCGGCUCGGUAUAAACGCCGCUCGGAAAGGGGCGGAGCUGUCGUUGACCAGGGAAGAGCUGGGUAACCUGCGACGCACCGUGCAGGCGUUGAGCGUCAGCGCGUCGAAACUCCAAGAGAGGAGCGACAGACACGAGGAAGCGAUCGAUCGACUGACAAACGCGUCGUCGGACGAGUCGUUCUCGAGUUUCCAACAGCUGGAGGACCGGUAUCACCUGAUCGGCAGGAAUCUGACCGGCGACUGCGAGCCAACGACGGAGGAUCAGCCCGCGGACGGGCUGCGACUUUUGGAGGUGGGCAAAGGAGGCAGACCGAUGUUGGUGUUUUGCCGCGAAGGUUGGAUCGUGGUGGCGCGUCGCGUCGACGGAACUCUCGACUUUGACAGGACAUGGCACGACUAUUCCCUCGGGUUCGGCUCGCCCGUCAGCGAGUACUGGAUUGGCAACCAAGUCCUUCAUAGGCUCACCACCACUACCGAUCGCGGCGAUGACGACGACGACGAUGAUUGCACCAGCCUUCGAAUCGACAUGACGGACAUUUACGGGGAACGUUGGCGUGCCGAGUACCAGUCUUUCAGGGUCGAAUCCGAAGAGACCGGCUACAGGCUCGAGGUCCGCGGAUACUCCGGUAACGCGACCGACGCCCUCUCCUAUCAAAACGGAAUGGCUUUCAGCGCGAAAGAUCGAGACAUGGACGCCAGCGCGACUCACUGCGCGAGAAACUACCGCGGCGGAUGGUGGUUCAGUCGAUGUCAACACGUUAAUCUCAAUGGGAAAUACUCGUUGGGCCUUACGUGGUUCCGGUCCGACACUAAUCAAUGGAUGUCCAUCGCUUCUUCGGAAAUGUCUGUACGCAGGAACUUUGACUGUCGUCGUCGUCGUCGUCGUCGUCGUCGAUCGCGAUAGCGAUUUUCGACUUUCGAUCUUCCUUCUCUUCGAUACCAAAGACUUUUUUUUUUAUGAAUAAUCGCCGCGUCGCAGCUGCUCGUUAAUUCGCAAGCGAUCCAGACACUCAAACACAAACGAGAAGACGGUACUACCUCUAAUUCCUACCUGUAAUUAUCGUGUUAUCUCCAUUAUUAUUUGCCAAUUCGCUCGUUGGAAAAUACAUAUUUUUAAUUCUAUAUUGCAACAUUCAUAUACGCCACGUACGUACAUCCGCGUAAUGUAUCGCGUAAUUGUACAAUAUACGAAGAUAUUAGCGAGGUAAAAUUGUCGAACAACGACGAAUUAAUCGAUCGAUUGAUUACUUCCUUGUACGAAAUAAAUACUAUUGCCUUUUCCCUUUGGU